AUGCAGAGUCAAAAGAAAGUUCGCCUCUUCCCGAAUCUCUGGCUGCCGGAUCCUGAGCAAGCUUUGUCCAGCCAGGAGCUGAUCUAUGUCCAGAAGCUCAUUCCUCUUAUCCAAUGUCUCGAGAUGCAAUGGGACAAAGAGCUGAAAGAAGCGGAUGAUCUCUUUGACAUUCAUGAACAGUUUGUCUUUACGCUCCGAGUCGCAAUGAAGGCAAAGGUUGAGAUCUGCUGGGGUGCCAAUGUUCGCGAACGAAUGCUCAAGAAGCUUGACCUACAGCCUUUGCGUCUUUGGGGUGAUUUUGCAGGCUUGGUUCUGCAUCUGGAGCUGACGCCUGACAAAGCAUCUUUAACACGCUUUAUCAUUUUUGUCGCGCACCCCCAGCGCUUUAUGUACGUAAAGAGUGAUGGAGAGAAGGCCCAACUUCUGGCUCAACUCAAACCUGGCCAAGUUAGUGAAACUGCCAAUCUGCCAAGCACUACAGAUGAUAUGAUCCUGAGGAAUGACCGCCUUCGCAAGAUAGCGAACUAUUGGCAUGAUCUAGGGGAGCUACUAUCUGCGUUCAUGCCCCAUAUCACUACCACCGCUCAUCCCAUAAAAGUCAUCGGUGCACAAAGUAUCGGCUAUCAUUCAAGCGAAUUCUCUACAGAGUUUCAACUGUCAGGUUGCUGGGACUGGGAGGAUCUCCCUGAUCCUCUGGUUGAGUUUAUACAGGCACAAGAUGUCUAA